AUGAGAAUUCCCCUCACAGCACCACUGAUUGAGUUAUUAUGAACCCCCUAGUAGAAACCGAGUCAGCUCGCCUCAGUUAGCACUCUAGAGGAUACAUCUUUCAUUAAAAUCCGGACAACAUGAAUGACCGGCCAGCCAAUGAUGCAGUGGCAAUUCAGCUACGUAUUCUCGAUCCGAAAUUGGUAGAGGAAGAAGAUGGUGGAAAAAGGACAAUAAUGGGGGAAAAGCUCAUAGCAGAAACUCAUAAGACCAAGAAUUGGUGGAAUACAAUCUUUAUUAUAUCAUGUGCAUUUGCUGUCUUCAAUGAUCCUAUCUUCUGUUAUAUCACGACCGUUGACAACAAAAAUAAGUGCUACACGAUGAACAAGAAAUUGGCGCAGAAUUAUGUUUAUGCUCGAACAGCCACAGAUGUUUUUUACCUAUUGGACUUUUUUAUUUCUAAGUGUGGAUGUUGUUGCUGUAGAGGGAGGAGAUCAUGCAAGUCAUGCGCUACUAAUAUGUUAUCCAUUUUGUCUCGCAUCUUCGUUUCUCUCCCCAUUGCACAGGUAUAUGCAGCAGGGGGGAUGAAUGCAGAUCUACAUCCUUUUGCUAGAGAAUAUCUUUUUCUCACUUGGCUUCAAUAUACAGUACGGAUUUACUAUAUCUACGAUUGGUUAAAGCGGCGUCCUAUCAUAGACAUAACCCGAGUUGAAAGAUGGGUUAGACCUAUAUUGGGUUUUGUUCCCUUCAUCCUUGCUUCUCAUCUAUUUGGAUCCUUCUGGUACCUUCUUGCCACUCGGAGACAGCUUAACUGUUGGAAAUUGACGAGAAAUAAUAUCACCUAUUACGAUCCAUCUAAUGGUACUACUCUACCAGUAAGAUAUCCGCGUUACUGUAAACCGAUUCCUGAAGAAACCUAUGCUAAAGGGACUAAAAUCUGGCUUUGGGAUGACUUAUGCCCUGUGAAAGAAGCUAAUCCAAAGGCCUUCGACUUUGGUAUAUAUUUUUACGCUCUGCAAUCUAAUGUGGUUAGUCCAUCACAUCCUCUCUUACAAAGAGUAUUCCAGUCUUUUUGGUGGGCUCUACGAAAUAUGAGUUCUUUUGGUUCAAAUCUAUUGACCGGUAUGGAUACGUUAGAGAUCUUUUUUUCUGUUUUGAUAUCUACCACUGGCAUGGCGCUGUUUUUAGUAUAUCUCAAUGAAAGAGUGCAGGAGUCGAAAGAAAUGUCAAAUAAGCGUAUGUUGAACGAGAAGAAGCAAUUGAUGAAACCAGAUGUCGAUCUGUGGUUAUCUAAAUACUACCUCUCUAGGGAUAAUGAAACAGCGGAGACCAAAAAGAAAAAAGAAAAUUUAAAGGCAGUGAUCAUGGAAAACAUACACAAACUCAAAGAAAACAGUGAUCUUGAUGUGCAAGAUAUCCUUGGUAUUCUUCCCAUAAGAGACAAACAAAGGAUCGUGUCUUUUCUCUUCUCAACUUCAUUGAAGAAGUUGUCAAUGUUUCAAACCAUAAAUGACAAGGUGGUAAAAGCAAUUUGUCAGCAUCUUGUGCCACUGAUCUACACUGAAGAUAGCUAUAUUGUCCAAGAAGGGAAACCACUUGGGAAGAUGCUCCUAUUCAUUCAAGGCACCGCAAUCACCUACUCCCAUGCUGGAACCAGCGGUGAUUCCUCAAGCAACAAGUGGCUUGAAAAAGGAGAUUUUUAUGGCGAUGAACUCCUAAAUUGGGCAUUCAAAUCUCCCUUGUUCUCUGAUUUACCUAUCUCGAGGACGAAUGUCAUUGCUCAAGAAAAAGUUGAAGCAUUUGCUAUUAGAGCCAAAGACUUGAAGAGUAUUUGCUUUAAAUUUUGGUGGUUUUUUAGCAGAGAAGUAAAUGCUUCUCCAUUGGAACAGUGGGAGCAUCUGGCAGCUUCUUCCAUACAAGCAACUUGGCGCAAUCGUCAAGCAAGGAUCCGUUUGGCGAAGCAUUACGUACCACGAACAUGAUGGUUUCGUCGUCAAGCAAGGACUAAAACCCCGACUCACUGGAACAGAUUUGUCGUAAAUUAGUUUUAAAAUGAUCUUUUUUUCGGGUUGAAGUACAAUAAAUGUUUUCUUUUGGUUUCGUAGUUAGUUAGUUCUCCUGUUCAAUAAACCUAUGUAAGUUUAUUAUUUCUGUAGUGAACUCUUGAAAUUCCACGUAUUUUAUCACGGAGAAACCUUAAUGUAA